AGAAGAUGAAAUACAAGAGGCAGAGCACUACUGCAAUGCCAUGCAGUUGGUGGCCUCCUCUCUGUUACCUAUGGUUAUGCAAACGGCCAUUGAGCUUGGCCUUUUUCAUAUCAUUGCCAAAGCUGGUCAGGCCUCUGCCUCAGAAAUAGCAUCCCAGCUGCGUGCAAACAACCCGGCCGCACCCAACAUGUUGGACCGCAUCCUCUACUUUCUCACCUCUCACUCUGUCCUCACUUGCUCUGCGCUUGAUGCUGAUGGUGGGCGGCUCAAGAGGGUGUAUGGACUCACACCUGUCUCCAAAUAUUUUGUCCCUGACCAAGAUGGCAUUUCAUUGAGCCCAUUGCUGACAUUGACUCAGGACAAGGUCUUCAUGGAUAGCUGGUGCCAUCUGAAUAACUCAAUUAUUGAAGGAGGAAUACCAUUCAACAGGGCCCAUGGAGUAAACGCAUUUGAGUAUACUGGCAAGAACCCCAGAUUCAAUCAGGCCUUCAACACGGCCAUGCUCAACCACACAAUUAUGAUUACUAAUAAAAUCGUUGAAUCCUACAAGGGUUUUGGGAAUCUUAAGCAGGUGGUGGAUGUUGGUGGCGGUCUGGGAACCACACUUGGUAUAAUCACAUCAAAAUACCCCAGCAUCAAGGCAAUUAAUUUUGACUUGCCUCAUGUUAUACAGCAUGCUUUGCCUCAUCCUGGGGUGGAACACCUUGGAGGAGAUAUGUUUGAAAGUGUUCCCAAUGGAGAAGCCAUGUUUCUGAAGUGGAUACUUCAUGACUGGAGUGAUGAACACUGCUUGAAGUUGUUGAAGAACUGCUACAAAGCUCUGCCAGAGCAUGGCAAGGCAAUUGUGGUGGAGGGGUUUCUUCCAGAAAUACCGGAGGGGAGUGCUUCUGUGCAAGCUCUCUGUGAAGGAGAUUUGAUUAUGAUGACUCAAAACCCUGGAGGAAGGGAGCGGACAAGGCAGGAGUUCCUGGACCUGGCAAUGGCAGCUGGAUUUGCUGGCAUCAGAUUUGAGUGCCUUGUGUAUAAUUACUGGGUCAUGGAAUUCUUCAAGUAAACAGCACUUAUAGUCAGACUCUUAUCUAUUCACGUUUGUGAGUGAAAAGUUGUGUUUGGAAGGUGAGAAACCAAAAUAAUUAUAUUUGAUCAAUGAACAUCUGCUGGUAAGUGAAUCAUGUGAUUCACGUCUUCAUUUGAUUCCAUUGUUGUUGUAAACUUCAUUUAUCAUCAUCAAAUUACUUAUA